UCAAGACUUGAGGAGCUUGACCCGCUCACGAGAGAGGACUUCGCUUGGAUGCCUCUACCCUCAACCGGAACCUUGCCAAGGCCGCAUUGUAACGCCUUGAUGGCAAAUCUACGCUCCUAUUUGCACGCUCCAAUACCAGCUCCGUUGACGGACGACAGAGUAGCGGUUGUCGAUCUCCGCUCCUAUCUCGCGAAGAUUGACCGCGAGUAUGCCACCCAAAGGUACGCCGAGACCGAUGCGCCUUUGCUCUAUAUCCGCAUUCAAAUCGGAAAGGCAACUUGCAGUGCCUUGAUUGAUUGCGGUGCAUCUCGCAACUUCAUGAGCCAAGCCUUUAUGGCCCGCGCAGGCCUUGGCCCGCGCGUUCGAAGGAAGACGCAACCUACGCAAGUUACACUCGCGGACGGCCGCACGCAAAGGUCAAUCGACCGAUGCAUUGACGGUGUCCCGAUAUACUUUGCGCCCCUUGCGUGCGAGCCGGUGUCUUUCGACAUCCUCGACACCAAGUUUGACAUGAUUUUAGGCAUGUCUUGGUUGCGUAGCACCGAUCAUCCGGUGAACUUCCAUGACCGAACCGUUCACGUCCGUGAUCGGAACGGAGUGUUAGUCCCAUGUACGGUCGCGACCCCUCACACUUCGAUUGCUUGUCACGUGGUUUCCGUUGCGAGGAUUCGCGACGCCAUAGCUCGGAAUGACGUCGAGGAGAUGGGCAUUGUUUUCCUACAUGCCCUCCCCUCGCCGAACGGACCAGCCGCGUCGCCGCCGGACCCACGUAUUACCCACCUCUUAGAUGGAUAUGGAGACGUCUUCGAGGCUCCCAUCGGGACGAUUCCGGAUCGGCCCAUACGUCACGGGAUUACUCUCGAGGCGGGCGUCGUCCCUCCGCGUGGAUGCAUUUACCGCAUGGGCGAAGAGGAACUCGAGGUGCUUCGCGUACAACUCGAUGACCUUCUCGACAAGGGCUGGAUUCGCCCUAGUUGUUCGCCAUACGGUGUACCAGUUCUCUUCGUCCGGAAGAAGAACAAGGACCUACGACUGUGCAUUGACUAUCGAAAACUUAACGCACAAACCGUUAAGAACGCCGGCCCUCUCCCUCGGAUUGAUGAUCUCCUCGAGCGGUUGGGCGGCGCGGCGUACUUCUUGAAGUUGGACUUGAAGUCGGGUUACCACCAGAUUGAAAUCCAGCCUCAAGAUCGGUACAAGACCGCCUUCAAAACGUGGUAUGGGCAUUUUGAGUGGGUCGUAAUGCCAUUUGGACUCACCAAUGCCCCGACAACUUUCCAAGCAGCCAUGACAACGGAGUUCCGAGACUUGGUCGAUUGUUCCGUCCUCAUCUACCUCGAUGAUAUCUUGGUCUAUAGCAGGACGCUUGACGAGCACCUCGUACACCUUCGUGUGGUGUUGGAUCGUUUGCGAGCAGCCAAGUACAAAGAAAACCACGACAAGUGCGAAUUCGCCAAGCAAGAGUUUGAGUACUUGGGCCAUUAUGUGACGCCGAAAGGCAUUCGUCCCUUAGCGGACAAGAUCCAAGCCAUCAUGGAUUGGCCGGAACCCCGUUGCACGACGGACGUACGCUCUUUCAUGGGUUUGGCUGGAUAUUAUCAGCGUUUCGUCAAAUCUUACUCCAAAGUGGCAGCUCCUUUGUCGAGACUUCAGUCCUCGAAGGUACCAUUCGAGUUCGACGACGCAGCUCGUGGCACGUUCAAUACGUUGAAGGCAGCGAUGCAAGACGCACCAGCCCUCCGUAUCUAUGAUCCCACCCUACCCACCCAAGUGACUACGGAUGCUUCCGGAUGGAACACGGACAACAAUCUGUUGACUUUCUACAAAACGCAGGACACGGACACUAGCACGAUCGGCCAAUGGAUGUAUUACAUCGACCAGUUCGACUUUGCGCCGUGCCACAUUCCCGGUCCCGCCAAUCGAGCAGCGGACGCCCUCUCACGACGGCCUGAUCUUUGUGCCCUUGUGACCACGACGUUCGACCUCGACGACGAUCUGCAACAACAUUUCGUCAACGGCUACAAGUCCGAUCCGACGUACUCUACGCUCUAUACGGACUUAUCAUCGGAUCACCCGCCGGCCAAUCAUUACCGUAUCUCCGACGGGUUCCUACUUCUCCACACGAGAGGGAAGGACUUGUUAGUGGUGCCCCAAGAUCGCAUCUUACGAACUCGUCUUCUCGGCGAAUUCCAUGAUGCGCGACUUUUGGCACACCUUGGCGUGAACCGCACAUUGGCUCGCCUCCGCCAGCGUCCUAGUGUACAGAUUCCUGUUCAGACAGUGUUCUCCCAAUCUCCGUUACAGGCGGUUGUAACAGGGAAGCUUGCCAUCUUGCAACCAGCACAGCCGCAGGGCACACAACCCCAACAGCAGCAAGUGCAGCAGCCUGCGGCCCAGGCCUCACAGCCUGGAGUUGCGCAGGUUCCAGAACAAGGACAGUGGGUUCCGAAGACUGCCAUCGCAUCACCCAAACCCUUCACAGGAGAUAAGAAGGGUGAUGACCUCGACACAUGGUUGAGGACGGUGCCAGUCUAUGUGAAGUUCAAGUUAACCUUGCCUCACGAGGAAGUGCUUGUGGCUGCCUCCUAUCUUGAGGGGAGUGCAGCGAGGUGGUUAAGCCGGUAUGUGCAGUUACAAGGGUACGGUCAUGACUUCCGCGCUUGGGCAGUCACCCAGAAACUGGAUGAUUUCAUCAAGCUGGUGGAGGAAAGGUGGCAUGACCCGCAGGAGGCUCAAAACGCCACCGACGGGAUAUUGACCCUGAGCUCAAGGAAGAUCAGGUUGCAGACCAUUCCCAUCAUCCUGUUGAAGUACCGCCCCUACACCAUACUGACUAGCAUCAGUGGUGAGCACAAAAGGCAAGGUAGGGUCUAGUAACUUCAAAACAGGAGCACGAAUCAAAGCCUCCUUGAGAC